AUUUCCUUUAAGGUACAGAUACAAAAGCGAAAGAAGUGCAACUUGAAGAUUUCAGUGAAGAUGACUUGAUUGGGAUGUGUUGUCAUGACAACACUAUUGGACUAGUUUAUAAACACUGUAUCAGGCAAUACAAUGUACAGACAGGUGUACAGACAUGCUGUAUUGAUUUAUCACAAGGUGUGACAGUUUUUGGUGUGGCCAGAACUUUGUUUGGUGCUGUACAACAAGCAGUCUUUACUGAUCAAAAUCUAUACAUGAUACAUAAAUGUGUUGAUCGGAAGAAUGUGUCAGAGAUGACAUUGUUAGAGAUGAGUCACUUUCAGUCAGAUGCUGUAAGGUUGUCUUAUAUAGAUAAGAUGCAGAAGUACACAGCUAUGUCUCAAGGGGAACUCAAUGUUGAAUCUUUAAAGAAGAAAUGGGUAGAAAAUCUGGAUAUUCCAUGCACUUCAAAGCUCAUAGAAACUGUAGAACCAUUCUUAUCUCAGUAUUGGAGGUUAGAAAACAUGUUACAAGAGGGAUUAAAGGAACCAAAUAAAAUUUCUCAACUGCGACCUGAUACGAUAAAGGAAGAAGUGAACCAUCUGUUAGACCCAAAGUCUCCUCUCUCCAGACAAGCUAGACAAUCUCAACUUGUCGUACUUGCUCAAUAUUCUCCAAUUGAAGUGCUUGACUGUCUCUUGACCUAUUUGAACGUCACGGAAGGAGAAAUGAGUACCUCACAACAGCAGAAAUGGCAUUGUGCUCUGACACAGGAGACAUGUAAUGUUGCAGGGAGCUGUGAUAUAGCUGUUCCUCUCCUAGAACUUAUGUGCCAUCUCUUGUAUAAACAUAAACCAGAAAAACUGGUACAAUUUGUUCACCAUGGACAAAGAGUCUGGGACCAAAAAAUAGGAAUGUCAGCCUUUGUCAGGAAAAGGCAGAUCCCAUUUAUCUAUGAGAGGGCAUUAAAGUGUAUUUCGCAGCCAGAACAUUCCACUGAUCCUAGGACAGCCAUCCUGUCACAUGUUCAUUUACUUCUUACCAGUGAAGUAGAGGGGUGUUUUACUAAAGCUCUUCACUUACUUCUGAGGGCGGAGAUGUGGGAGGAGACAAUUGAACUGUUAAAGGAAUACAAAGAUAGAUGCCCUCAGUUCUCUCUUUUAUAUCAGAUGACUUUAGCUGCAAUAACAAAGAAAAAAGUACUUCCGAUGUAUGCUGACAAGAUAUUUUCACUGAUGCCAUCAUUUAAAUGUAACAGCGAUAUACUUCAAGGUACAUCAGGUGAGGCCAGUAUGGGGAUAUUAUGUGAUACAGCAGAUGAAGUGUCGGUAGAUUCUGUGAGGCCCUAUCUUCUUAGAUGUCUGCAAAAACAGGACGAAAAUAAUGUUUUAUAAAAUCUGCGAUUUUUAACACUUCUGAAAACUGUGAUAUACUUAUAUGAUUAUUUGUCUUUAAUGAAGCACCAACUAAAUUUUAGCCUUAUAUUGAAGACAAUAGACUAGUAAUGCCAUGUGAUGUACAAAUUUAUUUUUCAUAAACAGGCAUUUAUUAUUUUUGUUAACCAAGUUGUUUCCCUUGUAUUUUGUUGACAGAGUUGUUCCCCUUCCAUUUAAUUGGAACUACACGAUAGGAUUACUUG